CUGAGAAAACCGGAGCUCGGCAGAGCCCUGGCAGGCUCGGCGGACACGGACGUACACCGACGAAGACGUAGCAGUCCUCUGGAUUAUCUCGAGCCCCGUGGAGCUGCCCUGGCAGGCUCGGGCACCAGCGCGGCUAAGAUGGGCAACAAUGCCGCGACUGCCAACAAGAAGGUCGAUGCCGCCGAGAGCGUCAAAGAGUUCCUUGAUAAGGCGAAGAAGGAGUUUGAGGAUAAGUGGAAGAAGAAUCCUACCAACACCGCUGGUCUCGAUGACUUUGAACGCAUCAAGACUCUGGGUACCGGCUCAUUCGGCCGCGUGAUGAUUGUCCAGCACAAACCUACCAAGGAGUAUUACGCCAUGAAGAUACUCGACAAACAAAAGGUCGUCAAGCUGAAGCAAGUGGAGCACACCCUCAACGAGAAGAGGAUACUGCAGGCGAUCAGUUUUCCGUUCCUCGUAUCGUUGCGCUUCCACUUCAAGGACAACUCCUAUCUGUACAUGGUGUUGGAAUACGUCCCCGGUGGCGAGAUGUUCAGCCACCUGCGCAAAGUUGGCCGCUUCUCAGAGCCGCACUCGCGUUUUUACGCGGCUCAGAUCGUCCUAGCGUUCGAGUAUCUCCAUUACCUAGAUCUGAUCUACCGGGAUCUGAAGCCGGAGAAUCUGUUGAUCGACUCGCAGGGUUACCUGAAGGUCACCGACUUUGGCUUCGCCAAGAGGGUACAGGGUCGGACGUGGACCCUCUGCGGCACGCCGGAGUAUCUGGCGCCCGAGAUCAUCCUGAGCAAGGGCUACAACAAGGCUGUGGACUGGUGGGCCCUGGGUGUUCUCGUCUACGAGAUGGCAGCGGGAUAUCCCCCGUUCUUCGCCGAUCAGCCGAUUCAAAUCUACGAGAAGAUUGUGAGCGGCAAGCCACGCUUUCCCUCGCACUUUGGCUCGGACCUGAAGGAUCUGCUGCGCAACCUGCUGCAGGUCGACCUCACCAAGAGGUACGGCAACCUCAAAGCGGGCGUGAACGACAUUAAGGGCCACAAGUGGUUCGCCAGCACCGACUGGAUAGCCGUCUUCCAGAAGCGAAUAGAGGCGCCGUUCAUACCGCGCUGCAAGGGACCAGGCGACACCAGCAACUUUGACGAUUACGAAGAGGAGACCUUGAGAAUCUCGCUGACGGAGAAGUGCGCCAAGGAGUUUGCCGAGUUUUGAACGCGGCGUCUGCUUGGCAAGUUGCUCGUAACACAGGAGGUGGAUCGUCGUAGUCGCGUCUGCCUCGUCGUCGUCGUCGUCGUCGUCGUCGUCGUCG